AUGUGGCUGAGGAGGCGCGGGCCGAGCUUCGCCCAUUUCUCCAGCCGCGUGCGUCGUCGCGUGGAUCAUAUCCUCCGCCAGUCGCGGGAGAAUCGCAAGCGAGGCAUUCGCAGGGCGCGGGAUCCGGGCAAGCAAAAUCCGCCAUGGUACGCGCGCGAUCCAGCGCAGCUCCGCAGGGAACGGCAAGCGCGCGUCACACGUAACCAGGUGGAGCUGAUCUCGCGAUCCAGGCGCGCGAGCGAUGUUGCACGGGCGCUGGAUUCCGCCAAGAGGGCUGGCGUGAUCAACGACAGGAAUCUGCGGGAUUUGGUGGUGGAGAAGUGCAGCAAGCUCGGAUGCAUCGAGGAAUCGCGACCAAUGCUGGAAUCGUGGCUGAGGAAGAACACGUUCUCGUGGAGCGUGGUGAUCGCAGCAUUUUCCCAGAGCGGGGAUUUUGCUAAGGCAUUGCAAGCGUUUCGAGAGAUGGCGGUGGAAGGGAUCAAGCCCAGCAGCUUCACGCUCUGCGCAGUCGUGGAGGCUUGCGGCGAGAUCGGCACCACUGCGAUCGUCCGAGUGAUCCACGAAUCCGUGGAGCUGGGGGAGUUUUCAGUGAAGGAACGCUUCUGGGAUGGAUUGAUUGCGGCGUAUGGAAAGAUGGGCAGUGUGGAAGACGCGAGGAGAACUUUCGAGGGAAUCGAAGAGAAGAGCUUGGAGUCUUGGAACGCCGCCAUAGCUGCGUGUGCUCAAGGUGGCGACUCCAGCAAUCCUUCGCAAGCUCUGGAGUUUCUCACGAGAAUGGAUUUGGAAGGAGUUCACCCGAACAGGGAAACUUUCUUCCAGAUCUUUUGCUCGUUCCAAGGCCGGAUAGAGUUCCUGGAACUUGGGAGGAACAUUUACAGAGAGUGCUGUGAGCUCGGUCUCAAAGGAGACGUGAGAAUCAGCAGCGCAUUGAUCAAGAUGUUCUCCAAGUGUGGAAGCCUCCGCGACGCAAGGAUGGUUUUUGAGGAGAUUCCCUGCGUGGAUUCGUCGUGCUCCACAGCCAUGAUCGUCGAGUACGUCGCGCAUGGCGUCAACGAGGCCGCGUUGAGCCUUUUCAAGCGAUUGGUGGGCGAGAAUCGGUGUGAAGAAGGAGACUGUCCGCCAGUUUUUGCUGCUGCGAUCAAUGCUUGCACAGCCAUGGGCGAUUUCUCGCAGGGAAGAAAACUCCACGAGCAGUUUGUGGAGAAAGAUCUGGGGCUGGACGCGGUGAUCAAGACGGCGCUGGUGGCCAUGUAUGGGAAGCGUGGAGAUCUGGCCAAAGCAGCGGAGGUUUUCCUAGCUCACGCUCUCUCGAUCCAAGACGAGGGCUCCUGGAACUCGCUCAUGGAAGCGCACGCAAGAGCCGGGCAUCUCAGGCAAGUCCUGGAGCUUCUCCGGAGGAUGGAUUGGAACGGGAUGAUCCCGGACGGAGGAACGAUGCUCAACGUUUUGGUCGCGAUCAGGCACCACUCCGCCGGAUCAUCGCUCGUCAAGCGAUGCCGCGAGUACUUCCGAUCCAUCACUGCGGACAGAUGGAUAGAACAUACCGCGGAGCACUAUGAGUGCGUGAUCGACAUCCUUGCGCGGAAAGGCUUCGCGAAAGAGGCCAAGGAGCUGAUCGAAAACAUGCCGUAUGAGCCGAGGCCCGUGAUGUGGAAACUGUUUAGCGAGUGA